AUGAAGCCUCCGUCCGGCACCGUUCCGUGGUCGAUGGCCGUGGCCAUGGCAAUCGUUGUAUUAGAUGUGGCGCAGAGCCGAAUAGAAACCAGUCGUCGGUUUUGCCGGACGAGCGCGAAAAAGCCGCCCUUCCCCCGGGCUCUUGUUCGCGAUCCUCUCUCUCCCUCUUCUUCCCUCGCCCUUCCCCCCCCCCCCGAGCCUGCCAACGAAACGGUAGGACGUCCCUUUUCCUCUGGAACCCUCUCAAUCGGCCUUCCAAACGGUCUCUCUAUCUGCCUCUGCUCUCGACGUUUCCCGUCCGAGCAAUCCGUGCCCUGGUGCGCGGUGCGCUCGUCGUGUGCCAUUGUCGCUUUCGUCACUCGUCCUGUCCGCCCGCCUCUCGCCGCCUUCCACACCACCCUCUCCGACCUACUUUUUUCCGCCCCUUCCCGUCUCCUUCUCCUGCAGAUCUUCUUCCAACAACGCGUUGCGGCUUCGGCUACACUGUGGCUCUUUCCCCUUUUCUCCAGAGGGACCUCGUCGUCCCUCUCCUUCCCCUGCUGGAACGCACCUGCGCGUACGCCCUCGACCCAACCGCACAUGACUCCCCCACCCGCCGCGUCACUUGUUCCUUCCUCCUCAGUGUCUUCGGCAGCAGCAUCGGUGGCUUCGCAACAAGACCGCAAUGAUGGCGAGCAGCAGGUGACCCGGGCGCUCGAGGACAUACGCCUGUCCGUCCCCACGAACGAUGUCCUCCCAACCCCUCCUCCGCCCGCCAAAGUUGCCAAACCAUCGAUGGCACAUCGCAUCUCACGCAUGUUUGGUGAUCGGAAGGCGGCAACUCCCAAGGAAUCAGACCCUCGCCGGGAAACGACUUCAGAGAGCAGCUCCGACGGCACCAAGCCUUCCAUGAACGGGACCGUCAGGCCAGCGCCACCCCAGCCCCCCUCCCGGCAGACCUCCGUGAGCGACAAGAAAGGAGACGGAGAGCGGACCCGAAGCAUCUUCGGUGGAAGCAAGGACAAAGAUGCGUCUGCAACUCACAAGCGUUUCGAGAUACUCCCGGACGGCACCCACCGUCAUCACCUGAAAAGUGCCAAGCGGCAGGAGAAGCUGACCGACUUGCUCCGCGACAUCCUGGGAGGUGGCAAGAAGAAGGAAGACCAUGCGGAUGACCAACAGCUGUCGCUGGUGUCGAGCUGGGUGGACCAACUCAAGAAUGAGCGGGACAAGCUCGCCCAGGACAAGAAGGGUGGACCGAAUGCAACGGCCUCGCUAGUCGACAAGUACGGCAAAUGCCAGGAGAUCGUGGGACGGGGAGCUUUCGGUAUUGUCCGCAUAUCACACAAGGUCGAUCCCAAGGACUCCCGGGUGGAACAGCUCUACGCCGUGAAGGAGUUCCGCCGCCGUCCCCAGGAGACGUCCAAAAAGUACCAGAAGCGUUUGACCUCGGAGUUUUGCAUUUCCUCGUCCCUUCGUCACCCGAAUGUCAUCCACACCUUGGAUCUGUUGCAAGACGCAAAGGGCGACUACUGUGAGGUGAUGGAAUACUGCGCGGGUGGCGACCUCUAUACCCUGAUCCUGGCGGCGGGCAAGCUCGAAGUGACCGAGGCCGAUUGCUUCUUCAAACAACUAAUGCGGGGUGUGGAGUACAUGCACGAGAUGGGUGUCGCCCAUCGUGACCUCAAGCCUGAAAACCUGCUCCUCACCACCCACGGCGCCCUCAAGAUCACGGACUUUGGCAACGGCGAAUGCUUCCGAAUGGCCUGGGAGAAAGAACCACAUAUGACCGCCGGUCUCUGUGGUUCGGCGCCGUACAUCGCUCCAGAGGAAUACACGGACAAGGAAUUUGAUCCCCGGGCUGUUGAUGUCUGGGCGACGGGAGUCAUCUACAUGGCCAUGAGAACCGGCAGACACCUGUGGCGAGUCGCCAAGAAAGAUGAAGAUGAGUUCUACGAGCGCUACCUGGAGGGUCGACGAGAUGAGGAUGGCUAUGCUCCUAUCGAGACUCUGCACAGGGCUCGGUGUCGUAACGUCAUCUACUCCAUCCUCGAUCCCAACCCUGGUCGCCGGAUAACUGCGUCGCAGGUUCUGAGGUCCGAAUGGGUUCGUGAAAUCAAGUUAUGCAAGGCGGGUGAGGAGGGCUAUUGA